AUGUUCGUCCAGUGGAUUUUCCUGAUCUGCAGCGCUACCCUGGCCUCCUCCAAAUGGAUUCCGGAACGCAUCGUGGGAGGUCAAUCGGUGUCGAUUAAAGCGGUUCCCUGGCAGGCCUCCCUCCUUAAAAAUGGCAUGCCUCAUUGCGGCGCGGUCAUAUACAGCAAGAAAGUAGCUAUAACGGCAGCUCACUGUGACGAUGAAACUGCUAUUUUCUCGGUAAGAGUGGGCUCAUCGAAUCGAGAUUUCGGCGGUCAAGUGGUGAAUGUUUUGCGAAUUCUAAAACAUAGACGUUACAAUGGAGCAUCCUAUGACAUAGCAGUGAUCAAACUUCAGACCAGUCUUCGAAUGGGCGCCGGUGUGAGAUCCAUUCCACUUGCCAAUAGUUCUCCUCGACCUGGAUCAUUAGUCUCGGUUUCUGGAUGGGGACGGACUGGAACCUUUAAGAAGGGUUCUAACAUUCUACUAGAGACCACUGUUACCAUUGUGGAUCAGAAUGCCUGCCGAAAUUCAUACUACAUAGAAAUAACCAAGGACAUGAUCUGUGCCGCUGCUCCGGGAAGAGAUUCCUGCCAAGGGGACUCAGGAGGUCCUUUGGUGUUCAAUGGCACGCUGGUAGGAAUAGUCUCUUUCGGAGAUGAUUGUGCUCAUCCAUAUUUUCCUGGAGUCUAUGCUAACGUGGCAGAGCUCAAGCCUUGGAUCUUAAGGACUAUCCGAAGUCUUUGA